AUGGCAGUUAUGACCACAACUGCAAUCGACGAAGUCACAAUUUUAACUCAGAGUCAGGUAGAGGAUAUUGAUAUUGCACAGCUGAAAUCACUGCAGUGGAAAUCACCGUCACCAGCACCAUUAAGUUCAAAUCAAAAAUUGAUGAAUACAUCUCAAAGUAGCCAAACUGCAGCACAGGCAGCAGGAAUUAAUUUAGCAAAAAGUAGAUCAUCAUCGCAAAGCACCACAACUAACAAGAGGUAUCUGCAUACACCAGUACAUGAUCAUAUUAUGCCACAAUCCGCACAGAAUAGUCCCAACCAACGGAUCGAUUUAAACUACAAACAACAAUUUGAGGAACAAGUUGGGAAUGAAAAUGAACAAGAGCAAAAACAAGAACAUCAAGAACAUCAAGAACAUCAAGAACAUCAAGAACAACAAGAAAAGGAAAAGACAAGUGGAGACGGAAGUAGAGAAACAUAUGAAAGUAUCGAACGACGAUUUGCAGACACAAUGAAUCUAAUCAACCGAGCUGAUGCCGAAAAUGCGGACUUGGACAUAAACAUUGAUGUCGAUAGCUCCGCAGAUUUAGACCUUGCAAGAGUCAAGAGCCGGCUAUACCAGCAAACCGUUGAGGAGCUAGAAAGUGAAAAAAAUCAUUUGCGAGAAUUGAUGAGUAAACAAGAAGCAUUUUACGAACUGUACAUUGUGGAUCUACAACGUAAAGUGUCACAAUUGGAGUCAGAACAUGCUGAAGGUUCAGCUUCUGUCGCACUGCGCAAACUGAGUCCAGGCUUGGGCCUUAUCACCUCCACGAGUAAUGGUGUUAGUGGCACUAUUUGUGGUGAUGAUGGUGGUGGUGGCUUGGGUGGUUUCGGUUUUGCCAGUAGUGGUGCAGGACAUAUAACACGACUGGAUGAAAAGGGACUACUUGAACGUCAUGAGAAACUAAUGCGAGAUUAUAGAAUGUUGGCAAACCAAUUCGAAGUGGAAAAAAGCUCAAAACUUGUUUUAAUGGAUCAGAUUGAGCUCUUGGCACAUAAGAAUGAAGAUUUGAUCAACCAAUUCAGUCUAAGUGAAGAUUCUAUAGGAGGAGCAGGAGGAGCAGGAGGAGCAGGAAUAGAGGGAAGAAAUAGACAAAGUAUAGCUAACACUAGCACUACUACCAAUACUACUACUACUACUACCACCAAUAACGACAUUUUAGAAGAGUUUCAUCAUUCAACUGAUUCCGUUAUUAGAACGAGUGGGAUAAUCCAGCGUGCUCAUCAAGUUAACAGUAACGAAGACGGGAGACUAGGUAACAGCGAAGGAGAUGAUAAAUUGGCAUAUUAUAGCCAUGAAAGUUUUGAUCAAUUACCCCAUGGAGAUAGCUCACUGAAUUCAUUCAAGGUAAACACUAAUUUCCAAUUUCCACCCACAUCAUCAGCAAUCCUUCCACCAUCGCCCGACCCAGAGUCGAGAAAUCUUAAACGACAAUCCUUGCCUGCGAGCUAUAACACAACUAAUAACAGUAAUAAUAAUAAUAAUAGUUUGAAACUAGAGAAAUUGAAUUCUGAAACGAAUUCAAAGUUUGUGUUGUCGCCAUUCAAAUUGGCUCCGAGCAAUGCUAAAACCAGUGCAACUGGUGGUGAAUCUCCUGAGGCUGUGUUUGAAGAUUUCAAUUCAGUCAAGAGGUAUUCUUCGUCGAAACCUACGCAUGUGCGAUAUAACAGUCAUGAUAUUUUGCCUAUAAAAGUUGAAUUUGAGGACCAAACAAGUACUAGAGUAGCUUCAAUGCCUGAGAAAAGCAAAAGGCAGCUGCUGCUGGUGGUAUUCAACAAGAUUGAUGAGUCUUUAGAUGAGGAUUACAUCAAGUCGUAUCACCGCAAUGGAACAUUGAAUGCCUUAAAUGGUUUUAGUGAAGAGGGAGAAGAAGCAGGUGAAGAUGAAAGUUUGGAUCAUGGUAGAAGUAAACGGUUUUCAUACGAAGAAUUUGACCUGUCAUCCAAACGAUCUAGCUAUUUGAACAAUCUAAACAACUAUAAUAGUCAAACGCGACAAGAGAUUACAAAGCUCAAGUUUGAAUUGCAAUCGUUAAAACUCCAUAACGAUAAAUUGCUUUCAUACAUAGGUUUUGAAUUGCAGAAGCAGAAGAAGAAUUUGAGGAAAUUGGCCAAGAAGCAAAGUGAAAACUCAUUAAGACAGGCUAAUAUGUAUGAAUAUUCCGAUGCAAAAUUGAUCCAGGAUUCGAGAGACUUGUUGAUUAACAAGAAGCGUGUGCUAAGGUCUGUUUCUAUCAAUGCUGUGUAUAAUAAUGAUGGUAAGAUAAAUAAUCAGGACCGUGCACACGUCAAGAAGCAACUAGGGAUCAGCAAAUUGGGUCUCAUAGAUGAAGGACGAGGAAGAGCAGGAACAUCAACAGGUACUGAUUACAACCUUGAUAAUAUUCGAGACAUUGAUGGUGUUGACGAUAUUGAUGGUGGUAUUGACGACUUUGAUGAUGGUGAUGAUGAUGGUGAUGAUUAUGAGGAAGAGGAAGGUGAUAUAGAUAUAGAUAUGGAUGAUGUUGUUGGUGUUGAUGGUCGUUUUGCAAAUGACAAGUACAUCAAGAAGUUUGCUUCACAAGUGUUUGCUCGAUCGAAACUUUAUUCUCUAAGUGAAGAUGAAAAUGACCUGGACUUUGAUAACGAUGAUAAUAACUCAAACUCUUCAUGGCAACUACAAGCAGCGGACGAUGAUGAAGAACAAGAACAAGAACAAGAACAAAAGCAAGAGCAAGAGCAAAAUGGGGAUGGAGAUGAAAAUGUUGAGGCGGGCCAAAGGGGCCGCUCACUUGAUAACUACGUCUCUUCCUCCUCCUCUUCUUCUUCUUCUGGUUCUACUUCAUCGGAAGAAGAGUUGGGCAUGCUUAAUCAAAUCAGACACUUGGUUCUUGGGAAAGAGACUAAAAGCAAAUCUCGAGGAAAGGGCAAGAGUCGACAGAAGGAGGAUUUGGUUGAUGAUAAUUUGAAGUUUAAGUUUUUAACUAUUGCAUUGGGUAUAAUGAUUAUUGGGUUCAAAUUAACGCCACAUGGCCAGAAUGCAAAAUAA